CGCCAUGUCUUCCAUGCCGGAAGCCUCCGACGCGAAUGCCCUGUUGCAGCCAGGUCAGAUCAUUAGGCCUAUGCUGAAGAAGACGGAGGUGCCAGCUCUCGUCGCCAAGCUGUACGGUCUGACGGUCGUCUCCGUCAAGGAACUCAAUAGUUAUGAUGAUAAGAAUUAUCUCAUUCAGGUUCAACCCAAGACCGACAACCCGCACAUGACAGACCUCAGCCCUCAUGGCUAUGUUGUCAAAGUCACGAAUUCCUUGGACAGCAAGAACACACACCUCAUGGCUGCCCAGAACGACAUGAUGCUGUUCCUGCACUCUCGGGGUGUCAAUGUACCCAAGCCCUGCUUUCCUGAGAAACGAAGAAAGGAGAAAAAAUGUUCAUGGGACUACCGACGGCUUUUUAUUUUUACACGUUACUACAUGGUGAGAAUUGCUGACCUUUGUGCCGGCAAGAUCCUGCACCAGGUCAAGUACACGUCGCAACUUUUCUACGAGUGCGGGGAACUCGCGGCCAGGAUGGACAACGAGCUGAUGGAUUUCAAAAACGACUUUCUGAAAAACCGGAAGCUGAUUUGGAUGCUGCAGAACACACCAGAUCUGACCAAGUUCAUCUUUGCGGUGAGGGAUGCUCGUCGACACAAGAUGAUACAGGAGAUCUUGGAAGCUUGGGACCAAAGGGUUGUGCCUCUCCUGCCCACCCUGGAUAGAGGCAUGAUCCACGGUGAUUUCAACGAACAGAACAUCAUCGUUGACUCCGCCCCCGAAGACCCGGAUGACUAUCACGUGACCGCCAUCAUUGACUUCGGAGACAUCCAGGAAUCGUGUUAUGUCUUCGAAAUCGCUAUCACUAUUAUGUACCUGAUGAUCGAGGUGGAAGAAAUGCCUCCCAGUGACGCCGGCGGGCACGUUUUAGCGGGGUAUUUGAAGCACAGGAGUCUGUCGGAAGCGGAGUGGGGAGUGCUGAGGGAAUGCGUAGCCGCCCGCUUCGCCCAGAGCCUCGUGAUGGGCGCCUACAGCUACGAGCAAGACCCCGGCAACGAGUACCUCCUGACGACGGCGCGCAGGGGGUGGGACGUCUUGGCUACCUUCUGGUCGGCGCCGAAGGAGGAGAUUUUGGAGCGCUGGAGGAAGAUCAUCCGCUCGUACGAGAAGUAGGGCGGGCCGAGAGGGAGGUGUUCGCGUGGGUUCUGUGUGUGGGUGCGGGUGUGGGUGUGUGAUUGACGUGCAUACGCGCGGAUAGAAGCACCAUGUACGAUCGCCAAGGCACGCGCACACUAACGCAGUGAGACGCAUGCGAACGCGCACAUGUAUUCACACAGAAACACGGGAACGGACACAGAUACUGGCAUAAACACAGGUACAUGCACAUGCACAUGUACAUACACAUACACAUGCGCAUGUAUAGGUACAUGCACAUGCACUUGCAUAUGCACAUGCACAUACACAUGCGCAUGCACAGGUACAUGCACAUGCACAGGC